UUCGGUUAGCGUCCGCUUGCUAGUCUAAGCAUUGCCACCCGCAGAUAAAGACGUCCACUCGUGCUAAACUGGAAAAUUGUUCUCGGCCCGAUGUGAUUCGGUGGGGGUAAACGGAUCAAUUGUGGCGAAAAUUCUGAGUAUUGCCUCAGAUGAAAUAUGAAACCAAGUAUUUAGAGUCAACAAACGCACCAUUCACCAUCGAUUCGGUGCAUUGCGGUCGAUUGGGAGUGUCCGUUUUCCCUGUGAUCUUGUAAACAUUUAUGGCUCGUGUUUUCGAACAAAAAGUGUUGAUAAAUAAAUAACUACAUCCGAUCCGCGCGUUUGGUUGAGUGGUCAUUGCCGGCAGGUGUUCCAGCUAUUAGCCAAACGGAAGAAAGGUUCAUGCGUGGACUGGACGGAACGUGCUUUGUUGGAAGAUUUCACGGCUCUAACUAGCUCCGAUAUUUGAGUGGAAUUUAAAUGUAAGGCGGCUUUCGAUCGAGAAUAAGUGAAGAAUAGCAUUUUACUUGCGCAAUGGCUAAGAUACGGACUUGCGGUUUCUUAUCAGUUGUGCACAGCUUAGUCACUGUGCUUUUGUGUGUGAUAAUUGUCACUGGUCUAACUGAUAAUAGCAUUAGUAAACAGCUGCCUUGCGAGUAUCGUGAUUCAGUCAACAUAAGUAGUGGAACUCGAGACGCCUUGGGGAAUAUCGUUCAUAAUGGUGUUGUGUAUACAUCGCAGAACUUUGCGCUGAUUAAUUACGAUUAUGUGGACUACGACGUCAGAGUUGAUGUUGCAAAUUACUAUCGGGGGUGCAUUUGCCAAGUGACCAAGUGUGUUCGUUUGUGCUGUCCAAUUGGGCAAUGGUAUCUCAGCGAUGGAGAAAGCACAGGAUGUGUCGAUAAAAGUGAAGACUUCCCGGCUAAAAUAUUAGCAAAUGUAACGACGACGAAUGAAACCAAAUUAGUGAAUAUAAUCGAAAGGAAAAUCUACGGAUUUGUUCCACAAAAACCAUGUCCGGCACUUAUGAUUGAAGAUAUUGAAGAAUGGGCGUUGGAUGACAGUGGGUCGAUUAUACUGCGAGAUAUAGCCGUACCCCAGGAGGAGUAUUGCCUAGCAGUGGGAGGUGACACCGGUCUAGCUGAAGCAUACUUCUGUCCAUUGGAAGUCGAAGCAAGCAUCACGCACUCUAUUGGUCUCAUACUCUCCAUUCCUUUCCUGGUAGCCACGUUGCUCAUCUACGCAUGGAUUCCCGAGCUACGCAACAUUCACGGAAAAUCACUGAUAUGCUACAUAUUCGCGCUAACCAACGCGUACAUAGUACUGCUCCUAAUGCAUUUCGGUAGCAACAUCAUCGCGUGCGAAACCCAAGGCUAUCUGUUGUAUUUUUUCGUGCUGGUUGCCUUCUUUUGGCUCAACGUCAUGUGUUUCGACAUUUUUUGGACAUUUAGCAGCGGUGUCGUGAUCAAAAACGAGCGCAAACGAUUUCUGUACUAUUCGCUGUAUGCUUGGGGCUGUCCUUUGAUCCUAGCCUCCCUGGUGGUCAUAUUCGAGAACACCGAAUUGAUUCAGGUUCAUCUGAGGCCCGGAUUUGGAAUUAACAGUUGCUGGUUCUACACUGACAAAAUGGUGCAAUUCAUGUACUUGUAUCUGCCUCUACUGAUACUGAUUGCGGCGAAUUUGUACUUUUUCAUCAUCACCGCUGUGAAGAUUAUCCGAGUGCAGAAGGCUACCGAUGCGGCAUUGAAAAAUGAUUCGAGACGACACAACCGAUUCGAAAACGAUCGCUACCGGUUCACGUUGUAUUUGCGGUUGUUCAUCGUAAUGGGCGUGACCUGGACGUUCGAAAUCAUAUCCUGGGCCAUGGAAAACAGCAUUUGGAUCUUCUACGUGGCCGACGUUUGCAACUGCCUUUUAGGGGUUAUGAUUUUCUUUCUGUUCGUUUGGAAGCAGAAGGUUCGGAAGCUUGUUGCGAAAAGGACGUCAUCGCGGCUUCAGCAGAACAAAAACAACGUCCGUUAAUACUGGCUCAACGAUGAGUGGGACAAGAUAUACAAGUGCUCCGGACUCAACUGUUCCGAUGAACUCGCCUCCAGCCUAGAGGAAAUAUCGCCAAGCUGUGCGGUUGCUUGCAUGACAUUUAUACGCUUACUUUUGCACUUAUUGUUUGCAACACUGUGUUAUGUGACAGUUGCUAGGAAAUAAUACAUUUUCUUAUUGAAAGAAUUGUAUGACUAUUCACCUAAAAAGGAUGUUUAGUAAAGACAUGAACCUGGCUCCUAAUUUCCUUCACGUAAUGAAAAUUUCAGUUUCUUGGUGAUGCCCAACAACGUGGAAAACUUAGUUUUUCGUUGUACAUACGUAAAUGGACAUAUAUUCUGUUAUGAUUGUAAGAAAAAGCACAAAUAAAAAUAACUAACAUUCAGUGUAGCACAAUA